GGAGCCGUCGCGCCCUCCCGGCCCAGUCAGUCGCCGCCGGUCCUCUGAGGGAGGGCCACGCGAGGAGCCUCGGGGACCCGCUGCUUGAUAUUUUUUUUUAUUUUUUAUUUUUCCUCCUUCCUCCCCCUCGGGUCCGUGAGGCCAUGGCGGAUCCGGCGGCAGCCACCCAGUCUCCCUCCAUCUCGUCGUCCUCCGGGGCCGACCCCGCCGGCAGCCCCAGCCUUGCGGGGAAGAGCUGCGCCUCCUCUUGUGCGGAUUCCUUUGUUUCUUCUUCUUCCUCUCAGCCUGUAUCUAUAUUUUCGACCUCCCAAGAGGGAAUGAGCUCUCUCUAUUCUAAGACACCUUCAGAAAUUAAGACUUCCUCUAUUCCUUCAUCUUCUGAAAUUCCUACUGCUGUUCUAACAACAUUAGCUGGAGAAAGCAGCAAAGCGUUGAAUGACCAGUCUGCUGUAUCAAAGGAAGGAAAAGAGUCCAAUGCUGCUCUAGAGAGUAAAAAAACAGAAUGUUUUCCAGAGCCUGGUGCAGGCUCAGGAACUGGCCCUCCAUCUUUUGGAUCUUCCGGCUUAGAAGAAUCUCCAUUUUCUAUUGGAACAGAUGUUCAUUGUAACCGCUCAUCUAUUCCAACAAGUUUUCCUGAACACACUACCUUUCUUGCAAAGGAAACUGGGGAAGCCGAACAACACAUAAACAAGGGCCAAGACUUAAAGACCCAAACAAAGGAACCAACAAAGGAUGACAAAGCUGUGUCUGAUGAUGAUGAUGCCAAGUUUACUUUGCUAAUGGACCAAAAAUCACAUGAUGAGCCAUCUAAGACGGGAGGUGUUUAUUCACAUUCCUCAUCCCCGUCGGAAAUUGCCAGCGUGACCAAUAUUGAAAAAGAUUCCCCUGAAUCACCCUUUGAAGUCAUAAUUGACAAAGCAGCAUUUGACAAAGAGUUUAAGGAGUCUUAUAAGGAGAGUACCAAUGAAUUUGGUAGCUGGGCCAUGCAUACUGACCGAGAAUCAUCCACAGACAUUCCAGCAAGAGUAUUUACAUCAAGAAGCCGGGAGGAAGGGCGGUUUCCAACUUCUGCAUUGCUCACCCGCCAGUUUUCACGUACAACUGCUGCCCUAGAAGAGGUUUCCAGGUGUGUGAGUGACAUGCACAACUUCACAAAUGAAAUGUUAACCUGGGAUUUAGUGCAAGCAAAACAACCCGAAAAGCCUUCCGACAAAGUUACUACGACUUCGGGAUUAGUUGUAGACGAGGGUGAGUCAGAAAUUCCUGUCAUAAAUCCUAGAACCUCCCCUCAUCAGAAAAUUUCAGUAUCUUCCAGAGAUGGAAGUGGUUCCCUCCCUGAAUCAGCGGGUGAUCUGGCAGAAGUAGCCCCGAUCUGGGAACGUGCCAUUGAUAAAAAAGCUUCCCCAACCCACCCGGGUGCCACAAAGGAAAUACAUGUUGAACCUGUUGCUUAUAACGUACAGAAAAUAGGCAGCAUACUUCCAGAGUUACCAGGAUCUCAGUUUGAGAAAUGUGCAUCCGCGGGUCUUGUGGGGGUAGUUCAUGUGAAGGAGGCUUUACCUGAUGAUUCCCUGAAGGGUGAUGCAAAGUGGCAGAACUCUGGGCUGGUGGAAAUGACAGAAGCCGAUAGCUCCGGUGAAUCUGAUGAUACUGUCAUAGAAGACGUUGUUGACUCGUCGUUUGAAAGGGAGAAAAAAGAAUCUGAGAAGGUUUUAUUCCAAACUGCAGAUAGGGAUGUGAUCCAGGGAGAAAAAGUUAUGUCUGUUCCAAGUUCUAUUAUGGAGGCAGAUGAGAAGAAAAUCAAAGAGUCGAAGAAACCCGAAGACCUUAGAGAGUCUGUUAAUGACUUUGAAACUCUACAGGCCAAACCUGCCGUUCUUGAAGGAAGUCCACUCAGUGAGACCACAUUUCCAAAAGCAUCUGCAGUAAGUACAGCAUUUGAAGAUGUGAAACAGGUCAUUCGUAGAGAACCUGUCCAAACGGAGCAGUCCAAAUUUUCUCCAACCAAAAUUCAGGUGAAAGAGCUAAGAGAGUUAGCAGCUCCACGGUGCCCAGAUUCAUUUCAUGAAGAAAAAUUGGGAGGCUUCAUGAGGGAGAGUCCGAAUUCUAAGAGAGGAGACUCAACAGAAGUCCUUCUGGGAACACUUCAGGGAGUCGAGAUAAAGGAAAGUGCAGCCAAAGCCGAGGUGAAUACCUUUGGAGAACCCCUGGGAAGGGGACCAAAUUCAAAAACAGCCCUUCCCAUGGAAGCGAUCCAUGAAGGUGAGCCAGAUGAUAUGGAAGUCAGAGGCAAGGACAGCACAUUCUCUGUGGAAAGCCAAAGAAUAAAUGACAGUGGACUCCAGAAAUUUCCUGCUGUAGGCACACCAGUGACCUCUCUAGAUUUAGAACAGGAACAACUCACAAUCAAGGCCCUUAAGGAAUUAGGCAAAAGACCAGAACCUCCCCAAGAGAUUAUAGGAGCCCCACAAGAAAAAGAAAGACUUAUGCCAACCUCAACAGAUUUGGCCACUUCUGUGUUUGCUGCAGAAUCUAUUUGGUCAAAGAGCUCACGUGAUAUCCCAGAACAAACAGAUAUGAAGGCUACCUCUGGUCCAGACCUUGGGGUUACUAAAGAGCCUUUUGUUCCCAAAGAGGUUACCCAGGUAGAAAUGACAUCCAACUCUAGCAAGACCGAACUGGUAAAUGAGCAUGCCCUAACAAGACUUCUGACCGAAUUCUCAGUGCAUGACCUGAUUUUCUGGCGGGAUGUGAAGAAGACCGGGCUUGUCUUCGGCACUACACUGAUCAUGCUCCUCUCCCUGGCGGCCUUCAGUGUCAUCAGUGUGGCUUCUUACCUCAUCCUGGCUUUUCUCUCUGUCACCAUCAGCUUCAGGGUCUACAAGUCUGUCAUCCAAGCUGUACAAAAGUCAGAAGAGGGUCAUCCCUUCAAAGCCUACCUGGAUGUGGACAUUGCUCUCUCAUCAGAGGCUUUCCAUAACUAUGUGAAUGCUGCUAUGGUAUAUGUCAACAGGGCGCUCAAACUCAUCAUCCGUCUCUUUCUGGUGGAGGAUCUGGUUGAUUCGUUGAAGCUAGCUGUAUUCAUGUGGUUGAUGACCUACGUCGGUGCCGUUUUCAAUGGGAUUACCCUUCUGAUCUUAGCUGAACUGCUGGUUUUCAGUGUUCCAAUUGUCUAUGAAAAGUAUAAGACACAGAUCGACCACUAUGUCAGCAUCGCCCGGGACCAGACCAAGUCAAUUGUUGCGAAGAUCCAAGCGAAACUCCCUGGCAUCGCAAAGAAAAAGGCAGAAUAAGCAUUUGGAAGCCAGAAAUCCGGCCGUUACUAAAACACCAUUUAAUAGUUAUAAUCUUCGUUACUUGUACCUAUGAAGGAAUAUGCUCAGUGUCAGCUUGAGCCUGCAUUCCAAGCUUUUUUUUAAUUUGGUACAUUCUUCCCUUCCUCACCCUUUCCCCCGACCAACAUCGAGCACAAGAACAUAUUGGACUGAAAAAGAACUGAUGUCUUAGAACUGCAAGAAUAAAGAGUGAUUACAGUUUGUGCGAUGAAGCGGUACUCCAAGGGUGGUGGGGUUUGGCCUCGGGUUUGAACGAGGGAAAGAUGGGAGGCGGAGUAAGUCAGGAAAUGAAGGAAGGUGGCAUGGAAAAUGCAUCUUCCCUCUACCCGACUGCCUCAUACCUCACACCUUUCUCCCACUACUGGCCUUCAGCCCAUCUCUCAUUAUAGUUCAAUCUUCAGAAUUUGGUUAUGGGAGACCAGAUUGCUUUUGAUAGACUUUGGAAGAGAACGAGUAGGGGGGUCAGGAGGACAGAUGGCUUUCACGUGUCCUCCUACCUGUAGAUCUUUUUAGAGUCCUCUGACUCACCUCUCUGCCCCACAAGGGCAAAACGAAUGGAAACUGUCCGCUCUACGCAGUGCUGUCGUCUCCCUCUAACCCCUUUGGAAAAUGGAAACUUCAGUUCUGUUUUAGGACUCACGAGUGAUAGUGUGCUUUCUCACCAUAAUGGCAGAGGGGAAUGGUGCCUGAAAGAAAUCCAAAAUUGGAGCAGCCGCCUCCCUGUCAUACCUUCUCCCAUUGCCCAAAAACAAAACACCCCCCCCCUACAUACACACACACACAGACUCCCGCCCACCGCUGGAGAAGUAGGUGUCUGCUUUACUUCCUCGUGACACCAGUUCCAAGCUUUCGUCUGGUAACUCAUUCCUGCAGUGUGCUUUUCUCCCUUUAUCCCGCCUCACUUCGAGUUUAAUAAGGUUGUACUUUUCUUAUUAUGAAAUAAAAAAAGAUGUCUGUAACUGCUGUACACUGCUGUAAACCUGUUAGAGGAAAAAAACGUAACUGCAUGUGGACUCUUCAGUCGUCGUAAUUCUAUCUCAGUCCAAGGGCGGGGGGCGGGGGGAACCUUCUUAGAAGGUGAACUACAGAAACGUAAGAUCCAUGCUACAUUUUCCCUUUCUUUCCCCCACUUCUUCCCUCAUGUAAUGCCCCACCUACUUCCUCCUGCCCUCAUCAUCCUUAUCCCAAGGAGCAAAGUUGAAGUCUGACUGAACCCGAGUGGCCCCUUGGGUCCCCAGAGAUGGGAGGUGGGGGGAACCUCACCCAUUAUCGAGGGUUUGGUAAGGAGAGAUGUUUUGGGGUGGGUGGUGGGCUUGAGGGUUUGCUUUUAAAUGAACGACAAAAGAGUAGAAUGCAGAGGCUUAGCUUUGUGGUUCGUAUGGUGUCUUUUUAACUUGUUUUGAAGAGAGCUUUGCAGUGUGAGUGUUUUUGUUCUAAGGAGAGAGAUUGUCUUUGCUCUGGGAAAGGGGAAAGAGCUGUCAGAUUUGCUGUAGCCCAAAAUGUUCAUCUGGACAACAAACCCUUUAUAGUGGGGUUAAGGAAAAAAGGGUUUUGGACAAGGAAAGGCCAUGAAGGGCUCUCCCCCCCCCCCCCCCCCCCUUUUUUUUUUUGAUUUGAGGAACGUGCAAGGUUGAAGGACAGUGAUAAAGCAGAACAAGUAAAAAGCCAAGGUGCCCGGGUCCACUCUGAGGCUGGGAUAACUGGUCUAAAGUUUGUAUCUUCAGCCUACUUGAGAAUGAGUUGGGUAUGUCCCUGUCCCACGGCACAACUUUUUCUAUCAGUAAAUUAGGAAACAGUUCACACUGACACCAUUGUCAUUGAACUUACCCUGGUCGUGGCUCUGUAAAGAUGUAAGUAGGUAGCACAGGAAAUCUCGGAAUAUCGCGCCUGGGGGCUUUUAAAAUAAAUGGAACGGUAUUUCUCUAGACGUUUUAGCUCCAGAGAGCGUAGAAAGAAAAUUUGAGUCCACUCAUUUUUCCCUGGAAAAUCCAUUUUUAGAUUCUGGGUAGGCUGGGAAUUUCAGAAUGAGAAGUUCCUAAAUGGUUUGCUCCUGUCUACCUAGCCCAUUUCCUUGCUUUCCCCCUCCCAUGUCCCCCUUCCUCUUCGAUCUUUAUCUGGUGUCAUGUCAUGGUAACAAAACCAUUUUCCAUCUUCACCCACAGCUUUCCCAGGAAAUCAAUGCACUGAUUGUCUUAUCGGGCUUCCCCCUCCCAAGGACCUCUUUCUGCACUGGAAGCCGCCAAGCCUAGCUCUUCUGUCUGUUCUGUUACUGCUGUGUUUAGAUACAUUGGACAGAUCUUUGUGCCAGGCAGGUUUUCUUUUUUUUUUUUUAAGAAAAAAAUCAAAAGUAGACAAAAAAACUAAUGAAGCUAUGUGUGUGUGCGUGUAUGUACGUGCAGCAUAAAAUACAGUAGCACCUAAGGAGCUUGAAGAAUCUUGGUUCCUGUAAAACUGCAAAUUGAUGUGAUAUUAAUAAAAAGAACAUAAUGUCUGUGAGAU